GGUCACACUGACGCUCCGGCUUUUAUUUUUCAUCCGCCAAUUCAUAUUUUAUUUGUUUUGCUUUGCUUUUAAACUGCAAAUAGAGAGCCGCCAUGCCGUACGCCAACCAACCGUCCGUGCAGAUAACCGAGCUAACCGAUGACAACGUCAAGUUCGUGCUGGAGGACACUGAGCUGAGCGUGGCUAACAGCCUGCGGCGCGUGUUUAUCGCCGAAACGCCGACGCUGGCCAUUGAUUGGGUGCAACUGGAGGCCAACUCCACGGUGCUUUCGGACGAGUUCCUAGCACACCGCAUCGGUCUGAUCCCGCUCAUUUCCGACGACGUGGUAGAGCGCCUGCAAUAUACGCGCGACUGCAUCUGCCUAGACUUCUGCCCAGAGUGCAGCGUGGAGUUCACAUUGGACGUCAAGUGCACUGAGGAGCAGACUCGCCACGUGACCACCGCGGAUCUAAAGUCGAGCAACGCCAAGGUGCUGCCGGUAACGUCGCGGAACCAGGGUGAAGAGGACAACGAGUACGGCGAGAGCAACGAUGAGAUCCUGAUCAUCAAGCUGCGCAAGGGUCAGGAGCUAAAACUGCGCGCCUACGCCAAGAAGGGCUUUGGCAAGGAGCACGCCAAAUGGAACCCGACGGCGGGCGUGUGCUUCGAGUAUGAUCCGGACAACUCCAUGCGUCACACGCUGUACCCCAAGCCGGACGAGUGGCCUAAGAGCGAACACACCGAGCUGGAAGACGAUCAGUUCGAGGCGCCCUACAACUGGGAGGCCAAGCCGAACAAGUUCUUCUUUAAUGUGGAAUCUUCUGGCGCCCUCAAGCCGGAAAACAUUGUCGUCAUGGGCGUGCAAGUUCUGAAGAACAAACUGUCCAACCUGCAGACGCAGCUCAGCCACGAGUCCCAGAACGAUGCCUUGGCUGUCUGAGUUACGAUAACA